AGCCGCAGAGCACGAGCUGUCACUGGGAAAAGUCUCUGCAUCCUGAGCAAAGACAGCCAGGAGCAGGGAACAUGAAGAUCAUUCCAGUUUUACUAUUCCUGGCCCCCCUGGCUCUCCCAGCUGGAGCUGACAAGGAUUUUUUCUCCGUGGGUUCCGCCGCAUCUCCCGAAACGAAAUCGAGAUUUGCGAUGCUGGACGAUGUCCGAAUCUUGGCCAAUGGGCUCCUCCAGCUGGGCCAUGGCCUCAAAGACUUUGUCCACAAGACCAAGGGGCAGAUGAACGACAUCUUCCAGAAACUCUACAUUUUUGACAGGUCCUUUUACGAGCUCUCCCUGCAAACCAGCGAAAUCAAGGAGGAAGAAGAACAGCUCCGGCAAACCACGGCCAGGCUGCAAAUCAACAAUGAGGAGAUAAAGAACCUCUCACAGGAGAUGAACCUGAAGAUUGAAGACCUCAUCCAAAACAAAAUCCAGCUGCAGGAGCAAGUGUGGGGACUGGAGGACAAGGUCACCAAACUGGCCAUUUUCCAGCCUUCGGUGCAAGAGACAAAAGAAAUUUCUUCACUCAAAGCUUUUGUGGAGCAGCAGGACAAUGACAUCAAGCAGCUCCUGAGAAUCGUGGAGGACCAGCAUGUGCAGCUGGACAGGCAGCACAACCAGAUCAUGGAGCUGGAGGACAAGGUAAACCACAUCGAGCUCCUGGAGCUCCUGGAGAAUUCCUUCCUGGGGGAGCAGCAGGAAGCAGAGCCCAUCCCCUCUGCUGUGCACAGGCCCACGGCUGGGACAUACAGAGCUGAUGGUGCUGCUGCUGACUGCACUGCCCUCUACCACACUGGGGUGCAGGCCAGUGGGGUCUACACUAUUCAGCCCAAUGGCUCAGAAGCUUUUAAUGUCUACUGUGAAAUGAAAUUUGGCACAUCCUGGACUGUAAUCCAGAAGAGAGUGGACGGAUCGCUGGAUUUCAACCGAACUUGGGAUGCCUACACAAAUGGUUUUGGUGACCUCAAUGAGGAAUUCUGGCUGGGCCUGAAGAAGAUCUACUCCAUCACCCAGCAGGGGAAUUACCUGCUGCGGAUCGAGCUGCAGGACUGGAGAGGGAACAGGAGGCACAUCGAGUACAGCUUCAGCCUGGGGGGCCCCAGCACCAACUUCACCCUGCAGCUGUCCAGGAUGUCGGGCAGCAUUCCCAACGCGCUGCCGGAGCACGCCCGGCUGCGCUUCUCCACCGCCGACCGCGGGGACACGGCCGGGGGCUCCAGCUGCCCCCAGAGCCACCCAGGAGGCUGGUGGCACAGUGAGUGUGAGGAAACCAACCUGAACGGGAACUACGUCACACCAAGGUCCAGGGGAAGGCUGGACAGAGGAAAAGGUUUGUACUGGAAGCCUAAGAAAGGAAGAUACUACCUGCUCAAGUCAACCAAAAUAAUGAUCCACCCAACAGACUUAAAAAGCUUUGACUGAGUGCUCAACCUGCUGCAUUUUAACUCAGAACAAACACAAUGAACUUCACCACACCAAAGGACUUGAUGCUGUUUACCAACAGAUGCCAAGCCCCAAUCCAUGCCCUGCAUGGAAUUUCUGCAAAAAAUAAACCUGAGGCAUCAGAGAUGGUCUUACAAAAUGUCUGGUGAGUACUGUCAUUCCCUCAAGCCCCAAUGUCAACGUGCUGCAACUUUUUGUGGAGCUUUUCCUUCCCCACAGUGAAAUUGUAAUGCCUAGGAGCCAACCUGUCACAUAUUGGAUUAUAUUGUUUGGGGGAAUGGGUUUUCAGGCUGUGCAUUCCUUUCUGGGUUGUGUAGUAGGGAAAAAAAAACGUGUUUUCUGGGAACAAAGGGCUGGCAAAACCCUACUGAAAACAUUUAGGGGGAAAAAAAAAAAGAAAUUUUGUUUCUUGAAGUAACGGAUUGAAUGUUUGGUUCAUGUUUUUGCUGUGGAAUGUUUCAGGAGCAAAUGAAAGAGGGGUAAUUGCUGGUUUUAGGGCUCUGGGUAUUUCCAGACAGUUUUCCAGGAGUGCAGCUGAGGCCAAUCCAUGCUCUCUGGAGCUCUGUGCAGGUUUGUCACACACAGGGGGUCAGAGCAGUUCUGCUCCUCUGGAUCCUACAGAUCCCA